AUGCUGUCUGAUGUACUGGACAAUGACCUCAUUUGGAGUUCCUCGAUGCUACAUGUCAGUGAUCUGUACACCCGCACCUUGUACUUGGAUGCUUUAGUAGCAGCAGAUGCUGUUUUUAUGAUUAGCACAGAUUUGUGGGUAUUGCAGGAUUGGGAUGGUGAUGAGGAAGUUCUGCAGCUGGGAUCUUACUUUCAUGUGGUCUACCUACCUCGGAGUGAUGACGAGUAUGGGGUUGCGUGUAUGUGUCCACUCUGGAAGGCUGCUCAUGCCUGUAUCCAUCAGGACACCCUGUGUUCCUUCAUCGACACCUUGCGCUGCCUCCCACUCAUUGCUCCGUUCCCUGCCCCUCCUGCAGUUUUACUACAGUCGACGCCCUUCAACAACAAGUACAUUUUCUCGUGUGCAUCGGCUGUGGGUCGCUACGAGUCUGGGAAACAUGUUGUCAUUACAUUGCAGCAGGAUGGCCGUUGGCAUUGCCAUUUGUGCUGCUACUCAGAUGCUUGCAAACACAAGCCACAUGCAAAAGCUUUUGCAUUGGCGGCUGGACUUAUGACAAACACGCAGGAUGGUCACCAAAUGGGUGCGGUGGAUUAUGUAGUUGGUGAUGAGGAGAGUGCCAUCCUUGUUCAUGCGGCACAAUACGGAGUUAACAUGGCAAACCAUCGGGCUAUCUCGUAUCUCCCUAUUCCUCCUCUGUGA